AUGGGGCCAGGCACUACAUCUCAUAAUGCGAGAAAGCGAAGUCCUCUUAAAAACAGCAGAAAAUGUACUAGUGAAACCAGCAACUCAGAAAUUGUAGGCAGUCACGCGCGUAAGAACCAGGACUCCCAACUUGAAAGAAAGAUGACUCUGUUAGAUGACAAAAAGACUGGACCGAAUGAAGUUAUUUUAUCCAAAUCAAAUAUUGAGCACAUUCCUCCACUUGCAGAGGCGUCUAUGAUGGCGAAAAGCGAUAUCGUUCUUCCGAUUGAUCAGGUUCUAGCAAAACAAGUGGAACGAUGUGAUUUUGGACAAGCUCUGACUGUUGCUACUCCCCUCAACACAGUCAACAACAUCAUCCUGAAGCAGCCUCGUGGUGGUGAGAUCUAUAGGUCUAAGGGACGAAAGAAAAGGGCGUUAGGCGAAUCGAGAAAUGCUCUUAAUAUCGACAUCAGUGUCGCUCCCCUCCUAUUCUGCACACCCCAUGAGCCCAUCGACUUGAGCGUCCGUAUGUACGAGAAAUCUGCCGAUUCCCCCACCACUCUAAUGCUCACUCUGGUGCCACAAGAUGGUGGCACACUUCAUGUUUCACAAAAGAAUCGACAAAAUUUCAACGAACAAUUCACCAAGUGUCAGGGUAAUUUGAAACAAAAGGCCAGUUGCAAAAACACUUAUCGAACGUCAAAAUUGGUGGUGGGAAAAAACGUGACCGAAAAUAACACACGAAACGUUGCACCGUUGUGCCUUCACUUAAAUUUUGAUUCUGCUUCACAAAAGCGCCGACAAGUGAAAGGACUAAAAGAUCCCAACUCUAUCGAUGGUCGAGGAGGAAUUCUCCGUCUGCAGACAUCCUCUUUUCAUUUAGAUGGUGAUAAAUUUGCUGAGAAUGAUCUGAUACUUCUACAACAACAGUCCAAUUCCAGCGCUAGGUGCACCUCCAACCAACCGCAGAAUUGUGAAUCCAGUGAUGGACAUAAUUCGCUAAACAGAACAUCUCAAACACGAAGAGUAGGUAGCUGUAAAUCGCAUAUGAGCAGAGGCAGCAAAUAUUGCACGCAUGGACGCUCAGUUCCACCUACGCAGCAGGCAAGCACAUACCUUUCACAAAGUUCCAAGAGUGGUCUCCUCCCUGAUCCUAAAUCGGUUCACGAUAUACGUUCUACUACUAUCAGAACAGUUCCAGUAAGUGGAGGAUCCUCAGCUGAAAAUUCGGUUGGUUGUACGCACAAGAAUAGAGCAGAGGUAAGCACUGUAGACGUAGUAGACGAUUGCAAAGUGGAUGGCGAAUCGAGUUCAGGGCAAUGUGGUGGUUCACCGCAGUCAUACGCCAGCCAGGCUGGCUCCAACAACGACGAUCUGUCGCUCCAAGUAUUCCUCGAUGCUGACUAUGGAUCUGAUACCAUUCCUGUCAUCAUAAGUAGGAAGUCCAACGUUCGGGGCUCUGUAACAUCAAGUGAACCUAGAGAGUAUAGAGGCAAAUCAGCACCUUCAGAAUCCUAUGGUCAGAUGGGUUCAAGAGUUCUUGAGAAGAAGGAUUACUCGGGACUAAAUAUAUCUGAAAACCCGGUGAAAAAGACGCUUAAAGGAACACCAAUGAUUUCAGUCUCCAAGGGGAAUUCCAACGGUGCUUCACCUAAAAAUAGUCAAGGAAGUGAUUUUCGAUUGACCAAUACGAAAACGCAUUGGAGUAGACCUACAGAUAAGACUUCCAGUUCCUAUAUUACGAGGUCUAGUCAACACUCUCUGCCUUCUACUCAGUGGAAGCGAUUGUCCACUGAACUCAUCGAUGAGAUAGCUCAAGAGCUUGUGGACAGUGUGGUGGAUGCUGCCUUCAAAAAGCUUGAUGCCAAGACUUCGUCUUUACAACCGAUUCAUUUUGAGUCGCGCUAUACACGGACAGCGGACGCUAAUACUGAGGGAAGAAACACAAAAACAAUGCGGUUCAUCUUAGACCGUGGCACAAAUAAAAAACCAAUCAAAUUUAACUUAACUCUUUGUUUAGUUGAUGAUGCAAAUCAGAAGCAUUGCUUCAACCCAGUGAUUCCUAAGGAUUAUCAUAUCCUCAGAUCUGGCACGACUCGCUUAGCGCCCACUGAAGACCCAAGAGGAACACUUAAAUCCCUAAAGUCGUUUGCAUCGGAUAAGACAGAAGAUGUGGCCGAGGUGUUGGUGGAUGAUGCACUUUACUCGGCCGUUGAUCUUAUUUCAGUGGAUCCGUCAAGAUUUACAGAAGUGAGAAGCUCUGAAUUGCAAGAGACUCCAGUUGAUGCAAAAAUUAGAUCAUUGGUAGCCAGCAUAAAUGGACAGGAGAAAACGGUAUCGAUGGACAAGUCAGGUGCUUAUAAUUUGAGCAUUGAUAAGGAUAUGAUAAAUGGCCUAAUGACACUACAACUGGGAUUUUCUGUACUAUCUGACUCUGAGGAGAAGAAGUCUGAUUCAAGCCAGCAAACUCAAUCUCCUCUCAUUGUUACACCGGAAUGCAGUGUCAAAAGUGAGCAGUCUUCUGACAGUAGCUGCGGUAUUCUUGGUUCGCGGACAGCUAAGGAUAGGAUUUCACAAUUGCAAACUGUAGAAAGACCAGGAAUACUUAUCCAGCUCCGUGAAAAUCCAACUACAUCAAUGAAAACUGCGCAAAAGGUGAAGGAGACUUGUACGACGUCUAGAACUUUUAUGCGGAAGGGAUGCGAGAUGGCGGAAUUAAGCAAGAACUUAUGUCAAGAGCCAAGUCAAGGAGUACUUCCAUACAAUACAAUAGAGAAGGUCUCUACACAUUACUCUGAAUGCUGCAGCUUUGUCUCUUCAAUUGGCCUCGAAGAGGUAGCAAAGAAUGCCAACUUUUCAGGGCAGUUGAAGAAAGAUUCGGUUGGUAGUGUUCUUGAAGGUCCAAAUUUAUCCUUUUCCAUGUCUGGUUUUACUGAACAACCACAAGAGGAGAGAAGGACAACCCUGCUUCAAACUCAGCAUCCCAGCACCACGACAAUGGCACCAUCUGUGCUGGGAUAUGAUGCGUCUCAGAAAACUUCAGAGAGAUAUGAUCAUAACGACUUUUUGGGAACUGGCAGUCGUGACCCUCGUGGUUCAGUGGAAGGACCAAAUACGCGUCAAGAGACGAUUUUAAAGACAAAUAUACCAUCGUCUUAUAAAUCCUCCCGAGGUUCCCCCGAAUGUGAUACGACACCCGAAAGCAAAUGUGAUGAAUGUCGGACCAGAAUGUCUCCUGAUGGAGAAAUCCCAGCAUCGUCAGUACCAAGUUGCCUAAAGUUUGUACAAACAGACAUGACUCUUCCAGUUAAUGAAGAGGUAGCCUCUUGCUACCAGAUGGAUGGCGAUGAGGUGUGUUUCUGUGGAAAUCGUGAAACGAUUGAUGGUGGUAAUACAUCGGUGUUAGAGAAAAAUCCAUCUUCAUAUAACCUCGAAUCAUCACAAGUCUUAGAGAAAAAAUCUUCAGAAGAAACCUUUUCAAUUCGUCUAAAUAUUCGUCUUCCAAAGGGAUGCGGUAAAUUAGUGAAUCAAGCAUCAGCCGACCCGAAAACAUUUGUGAGGUUAAGCGACCAAGGCAUACCACUGUCUUACGCCAAUGUCUCCAAUUCCAACGAAAGCAUUGUUGUGAAUGCACUUACAGUACGGAAACUUUCAUGA